CUGAGCUGGACACCUCCAAGACAAGACAAGAUGGAAAUCACAGAUUUACUGCUCCUUCUGGUGGUUGCUCAGUCAUUUGCUAUGCCUCUAUCAUCACUGGAGGAGACUAAAAAGUGGCUAUUAGCCGAGAAAUACCUCCGCAGGUUCUACAACCUUCGUGCUGGACUUCAGGGAACAAAGACCGACAGGACUUCAGACGCCAUGCAGGCUAAGAUCAGGGAGAUGCAGUCCUUCUUCAACCUCCAGGUGACGGGGAGCCUGGACGCUAACACCCAGGAGCUGAUGAGCAUGGCCAGGUGUGGUGUCCCUGACGUGGAGGAAUACAACCACUUCCCCCGACACCUGAAAUGGCAGAACACCAGUGUGACCUUCAGAAUAGUGAAUUAUACUCCUGAUCUGAAGAAGGCUGAUGUGGACAGAGCUAUCCGUAACGCCUUCAGCAUCUGGGCUGACGUCACUCCUCUGACCUUCAACAAACUGCAUGAGGGGAAGGCUGACAUCAUGAUUUUAUUUGGGAAAAAAGAACAUGGAGACUUCAACCCCUUUGACGGCCCUGACGGUCUCUUAGCCCAUGCUUAUCCCCCUGGCAGAGACAUUGGAGGAGACACACACUUUGAUGAAGAUGAACAUUGGUCAAAAGACUCAGACGCCUACAACCUUUUCCUGGUGGCCACCCAUGAGUUUGGCCAUGCCCUUGGCUUGUCCCAUUCUACUGAUCCUGGGGCUCUGAUGUACCCAGUCUACUCCUACAGCCAGGGUUACCCACUGUCUGAAGAUGAUAUCACCGGCAUUCAAGCUCUUUAUGGCCCGAACCCCAGGCACAGGAAAGUGAAGCCGAAGCCAGAUGCCCCUAACAAAUGUGACCCUAUGUUGAGUUUUGAUGCUGUUACUGAGCUCAGAGGAGAAACAAUCAUCUUCAAAGACAGGUUUUACUGGCGUCUCCAUCCCCAGUUGGCAGAGCCUGAGCAAACCCUGAUCAAAUCCACCUGGCCCUCCCUCCCCAACAAAGUGGAUGCUGCCUAUGAGUACCCUGAGAAAGACAUAGUCUUCAUAUUCAGUGGUAUUAGAAUAUGGGCUCUGAAUGGCUAUAACCUGGUGGAGGGCUACCCCAAAUACAUCCAUAAACUGGGACUCCCCAAGACCGUGCGGACGGUGGAUGCUGCUGUGUACAUCCCAGACACCGGCAAGACACUGUUGUUCUCUGAGGAACAUUACUGGAGUUAUAAUGAGAAGACUAACACAAUGGACAGCGGCUUCCCAAGAUCCAUUGAGAUGGAUUUCCCUGGAAUGGCAGAGGAGGUGGAUGCUGCUGUAUAUCAAUAUGGAUAUUUGCAUUUCUUCCAUGAACACACACAAUUUGAAUACAGCUACAGUGCAAGGAAGGUCAUUCAGAUUGUUAGAACAAACUCCUUUCUCAACUGCUGAUCCACUGGUGGAGAACUACUGUUAUGUUAUGGGAAACAUAGCCCAUAGGUCAUUUGUGCUGGACACCUGCUUGUCAUUGUUAUUUCUAACUCAUCUCAAAGGAUGCUGGAAAAUGUUAUGUAAAAUGGAUGGCUUAGGCAUCAAACUAAUGCAGAAACCAUUAUACUGGGUCUUGAUUUAUGGUGGCACAAUAUUCACAUCACUUGUUGUAAUAUUGAAAUAGAAAUCACUCUGUUAUACUGUAUAAUACUGUAAUUGCAUCUCUCUCGAGAUAGAAAUGUUACUUGG